AGAGAGAGAGGGAGUGAGAGAAAGAGGAAGAGAGGGAGAGACGGAGCAUCAGGAGAGCAUGAAUAUAAACAUCUAACUACCUGAAGAAUUCUGAACAGUCAAUAACCACAACUUCAAAACAGAUGUUGAGUUUUAUGCAAAUCAAAGUUUAGAAAAUAGCAAGUAAGUUCUUUAGAAUUAUCAGGAAAAAUUUUAUUUAGGGGAAGCUGUGUGUGAUAAAUAUGUUCAAAGUUAGUAAAAGAAUUAAACAAUAAAAAUAGCUUUGAUAUUAGAAUAUUAGUGGAAGUGUGCCUUCCACUGGCGACAGUCUUCAGUCAGAUACCGCUUCAGAUUCACUGCAAGACUGACUGCUACUGGACGUCCUCCCUGUCCACAGCAGCCCCAUCCACAAUGAUGUUAUUAAAAGUUACUUAAGAUAUUAAUUACGUCAACAUUUAAUUUCCCUUUGGGACAAAUAAGGCAUCUUUGAAUUGAAUUUAGAAUUGAACACUUUUCCCUAAUUAGUGGGAAAUAUCUGAUAAACAUUAGCCAUUUUAAGAACCUUUGCACUGCUGUGCUGUUUUGAUAAUCUGAUGCCAAACUGUCAAUGUAACAGGACAUAAAACAAGUUUAUUAAAAAUGUUGCACUUAUUGGUUCCUCUGUUCCUCCUCUGUUAUCAGUCAGCGGGGUGUGAGAUGGGUUGGGUUGUUGAACCAACAGAUCUCCUCCCUCCCUCACUGCUUUUAUAGAUAACAGCAGAACAACUGCAAAUACUUAAAAAAAAAAACACACAGCACCAGUUUGUCCACAGCUUCAAGGAGACACUUUCUAAUACGAUGACUGACACGGAUUCUUUGGAUAAGGCGCCGACAGAUGGUGAGAGUGGUGGUCUUAAAAAGAGCAAAAAGAAGCAAAAGAGAGAAAAUGCUUGGAGACCAGAGGGACCCAGAGACCCAUUUGCUAUGCUGGAUGCUCUGCCAGAGAAGGAACAGCAGGAGAUACAGAAAGCCCUUCAUCUCUUCUCUCUGGGCACCAGCUUGCCUAAGACCCUGCAACAGGCCAAAAACCACACCUACCGCUUCUGGGACACGCAGCCCGUCACCAAACUGGGUGACCACAUUACAACUCAUGGCCCAGUCGAGGAGGUGGACGCCACUAUCCGGAAUGAGCCAUGCUUACUUCCUCAGGGAUUCUCCUGGGAUACUCUGGACUUGAGCAGUCCUUUUGUGUUGGGAGAGCUGUGCCAUUUGUUAAAUGAGAAUUACAUGGAAGAAGACGACAACACAAUCAGAUUUAACUUUUCUCCCGAGUAUCUACUGUGGGCUUUACAGCCUCCAAACUGGCUGCUCCAGUGGAACUUGGGCGUGAGAGUAGACGCAAAUAAGAAGUUAGUCGGUUUCAUUGCUGCUGUACCUGCUGAUGUUCGCAUUUACGAGACGAAGAAGGGGUUGGUGCAGGUCAAAUUCCUGUGUGUUCAUAAGAAACUGCGCCUCAAGCGGAUGACACCGGUUCUGAUUCGGGAACUUACCAGAAGGGUCAACCAGCAGGGGAUCUACCAGGCUGUCUAUGCAACUGGCACAGUGUUGCCAACACCAAUAAGCUCCUGCAGCCAGUGGCAUCGCCCUUUGAAUCCCCGUAAGCUAAUGGAGGUCAACUACCCCGGUCUAAAGCAGAACAUGAAUCUGCAGCGAGCCUUGAAGUUUAACCGCUUACCUGAGGUGACAAAGAUAAAGGGCCUGCGUCCUAUGACUAAAGAAGAUACUCCAAGGAUCCUCUCAUUACUCGAGAAAAACCUCUCCAACUUCCACCUCAGCCCCCUCUUAUCGCUGCAGGAAGUAGAGCACUGGUUCUUACCAAAGGAGAAUGUGAAUGACACCUACGUGUUGGAGGCGGACAAUGGUACUCUGACUGACAUGGUGAGUUUUUAUGCCGUCUCCUCCAGGGUGCUAAACCAUCCAGUUCACACCAGUCUCAGAGCCGCUUGUCUUCUGUACGCCGUCUGUAAUGUCACUAAGAUGGCUGACCUCAUGCAGGACACGUUGGUUCUGGCUAAAGCUAAAGGCUUCGAUGUCUUCUGUGCUCUCGAUGUGAUGGACAACAUGAGUUUCUUGGAAAAGCUCAAGUUCACCAUCAGCGAUAAGAGUGUCCAUUACUACCUGUACAACUGGAAAUGUCCUCUCAUGAGCCCGGACAAGGUCAGUCUGGUGUUACCCAACUAAUCUGACGCAUUGAAGAUGAAAUGAUCUGCAUCACUACCUGUGCUUUCAGCAUUCACUGUGCUGUACAAAAUAAAAAAAGGAAAAGUAACUGAUGGAGCAGUUACAGUCAGAUGGAUUAAUCUAUUACAUUGUAAUGUGUGUGUUUACAUGUGAAUGCACGUGUGUGAGACUGUGCGUGGGUAUAAUGAUCAACAUCAAAAGCCCUGUGGUUGUUACCGUGAUCAGUCCUAAAACUGCAUUAAUAAUUGUCUAAAGCUUCAGCUUUAGAAUGUCAAGAAUAAACAAUCAUAAAACUCAUUGUUUAAUUCAGAAUACAUGUUAGACCAAAGGAAAACAUAAUAAAAUCCAUCCUGAAAACCUGAA